UCCUCCUCUCUCUUGCUUAUUCUUGGAUGGAUGUACUGGAAUCUGCAAUGAUGCAGGUCUUCUGUUUGAUGUUUUGAGCCCGAGAGGGAAUCAUGCGUCGGUUUUUUUUUGGUCGUGUAUCAUGUGUUGGUUAUGCUGUUAUUAUCGUUAUUAUCAUUCCUUCGCAUCAACUGGGUUGACUUUGAAGCUUCUUGGGCAUACCCAACUUUCGAGACAAGCAUAUUUGAUCUGUCACGGUUUAAAAAUGAAGUAUAUUCUAUAUGUGUUUGGGCUCGUAGAAUGUCAAAGUCAUGACUGAUUGGCAUAUUUAUAUACCCUGAUUCGUUAGAUAAGACCUCGAUUGUAAAUAUCGUACCGAUUUCUUUUGGUAUUCUGUUAGUGAUGCCCCAAUCUGCUGAUGUAUGCACCAUGUUAUUGAUUUCAAAGCAAUAUAUAUAUAUUUCCCCCUACCCUCUCAAGAUAACCUGUGGUUGUGCCUUGCUAUUCUUAAUGCUGAGUUCUACCAUCUAAUGCCACUGCCUUGGCCUUGAAGUCUCUACAUGUUUCUGUUCUGUUGUGGAUUGAAUUUGUGACUCGUGUUUAAUUGGUGUUCGGUGAAAAUUGGGGUGCGAGUUAAUACCUGUGCAUUGAAUCUGUGGCGUAGAGGCACUGCCAUGCUUAACCUCAUAGAGGCGUAAGGCCCAGCCCCCACAUCGAGGUGGAACAAAGCUGAUCCUGUGUCCAUAUAAGGGUUACUAGUUUGUGAUGCAGUUUUCAUGAAUAUUUCACACCAAUUGAACCACAUUGAUACUUGUGUUCUUUUAAUGAACAAGUUAAAGUUACUAAUUCAUUCCAAAGGAGGAAUUGCCUCAGUUACCUUGAGCUUGGUCUAUAAUUUGGGGAAGUAUUGCCUAUUUCACAAGGGGAAGAGAAGUAAGAGGUGACAGGGAAGCAUGAAACGUCUACCAGCCUGAACUACUUAGUGGUUUCAUGCUUUGAUUUGAAAGAGAGAAUGCAAGCUGCUAGAAUAUGGAGGUCAACUCCCUAAUUUUUAUUAAUUGAGAAGGCAAUAUACACGUACCCAAAAUAAGAUUUUGGCAGAUUCGCUAAAACUUGAUUACCUGACAUGACUCUCUAACUUCCCCUGCCGUCUCAAAAACCUUGUUAUUUUAUCGGUUCCACAUUCCUUGUGCAGCAAGAAUAGAAAUGAUGUAUUUGAUUACUUCAUCUUCAUUUGAUACCAGUAACGUUGGUCUAUAAAUGCAUAAGCAUAUAGUGUUCUAGCUUUUCUUCAGAGUAGACAUUUGUGCCUGCACUCUCACAUAUGGCUGAGCUAAUUGGGACAGAAUCAGAUGGAAUAGAGUCGAUUAGAAACGAGUUAUCAGAGCUAGGAAGAAGCCUCAGAUCAUCGUUUCGACUUCACACUUCAAGUCGUCGAAGCACUUCAUCUGUGAGCAAAACAAAAGAUGAUAUUAACAAUGAAUAUGAUCUACAAUGGGCUGCUAUUGAGAGGUUGCCAACUUUCGAGCGUUUGAGGUCAUCACUGUUUGAUGAGGAGAACGAUGGAAGGGAGGUUGAUUAUAAAGGAAAGAAGCUGGUUGAUGUUACAAAGCUUGGUGCAUUGGAACGUCAUUUUUUGGUGGAGAAGCUCAUCAGGCAUAUCACGAAUGACAAUCUUAAUUUGCUGCGCAAGAUUAGAGACAGAACAGGAAAGGUUGGUGUCAAAUUGCCCACCAUAGAAGUCAGAUAUCUGAAUUUAUGUAUUCAAGCAGAUUGUGAGAUAGUUGAAGGAAAGCCCCUGCCCACUCUCUGGAAUUCUCUAAAAAGCAUGCUUCCUGCUAUUCCUGCAAUGCCAGGUUCAAAAUUACGUAAGGCCAAAAUAAGCAUCAUCAAGGAUGUCAGUGGAAUUAUAAAACCCGGAAGAAUGACUCUGCUGCUUGGACCUCCUGGAUGUGGGAAAACUUCCUUUCUAAAGGCUCUUUCUGGGAAUCUAAGCCAAUCGCUUAAGGUCACCGGACCAAUUUCAUAUAAUGGUCACAAGCUUGACGAGUUCAUCCCCCAGAAAACAUCUUCUUACAUGAGCCAAUAUGAUCUGCAUAUUCCAGAAAUGACUGUGAGGGAAACGCUGGACUUCUCCGCCCGUUGUCAAGGUGUUGGAAGCAGAGAAGAUAUCAUGAUGGAGAUCAACAGAAGGGAGAAGGCAGCGGGAAUCGUUCCAGAUCCUGAUAUAGAUACUUACAUGAAGGCAAUUGCACUCAAAGGACUUAAAAGAACCCUUCAGACAGACUACAUUAUAAAAAUCCUAGGGCUGGAUAUCUGUGCAGACACAUUGGUUGGAGAUCCCAUGAGAAGAGGCAUAUCAGGUGGUCAAAAGAAGAGACUGACUACAGCGGAGAUGAUUGUUGGCCCAAAUAAAGCUCUAUUCAUGGACGAAAUAACAAACGGAUUGGACAGUUCAACUGCCUUUCAGAUGGUUUCUUGUCUUCAGCAACUAGCACAUUUAACUGACGCCACUAUACUGGUUUCACUUCUCCAGCCUGCGCCAGAAACAUUUGAUCUUUUUGAUGACCUUAUUUUGAUGGCUGAAGGGAAAAUUGUGUACCAAGGCCCUUGUGACCAAGCUCUGAAGUUUUUUGAGGAUUGUGGAUUCAGGUGUCCCAAAAGAAAAGGGGUUGCCGAUUUCCUCCAAGAGGUUAUAUCUAGAAAAGACCAAGCACAAUAUUGGCAGCAUCCUGAGCUACAUUACAGUUAUACAUCAGUCCAUAUGUUCUGUAAAAAGUUCAAGGAAUCUAACUGUGGGAUGAAGCUAGAUCAGGAACUUUCAGACACGUUUGAUAGGUCCAAAAGCCACAAAAAUGCUCUUUCUUUUAAUCUAUACUCUCUGUCCCGAUGGGAACUUCUUAGAGCAUGCAUGACAAGGGAACUUCUUCUCAUGAGGAGAAAUUUGUUUAUCUAUGUUUUCAAAUCAGUACAGCUUAUUUUCAUUGCAUCUAUCACGAUGACUGUAUUCUUGCGGACUCGGAUGGGAAUAGAUGUUUUUCAUGCCAACUACUAUAUGGGCUCUCUGUUUUAUGCACUAGUCAUACUCCUCGUUGAUGGAUUACCGGAAUUGGCAAUGACCGUUUCGAGGCUUUCAGCCUUCUAUAAACAAAAGGAGCUGUACUUUUACCCUGCUUGGGCUUAUGCAAUUCCAGCAUCUAUACUAAAAAUUCCUCUUUCACUGCUGGAAUCUGUGGUUUGGACAUCUCUUACAUAUUAUGUGGUUGGAUACAGUCCUGAGGUAGGCAGGUUCUUCCGCCAACUAAUACUUUUGUUCUCUGUACACUUGUCCUCAAUAUCCAUGUUCCGUUUUCUGGCCUCAAUCUUUCAAACUGUGGUUGCUUCCACCACAGCUGGUAGUUUUGCAAUUGUGAUAUUGAUGCUAUUUGGCGGUUUCAUCAUCCCAAAAUCCUCUAUGCCUGCUUGGUUGAAGUGGGGUUUCUGGGUUUCUCCACUAUCAUACGGAGAAAUCGGACUUUCUGUUAAUGAAUUUGAUGCUCCACGAUGGAAAAAGAUAUUGUCAGGAAACACUACAAUUGGGCAUGCAACCCUUGAAAGCCGAGGACUAAACUUCGAUGGAUAUCUAUUUUGGAUAUCAGUUGGUGCCUUAUGGGGAUUUACCUUACUGUUCAACAUUGGUUACACUUUGGCCUUAACUUUCUUGAAGCCUCCAGGAUCAUCACGUGCUAUUAUUUCACUUGAGAAAUACUUGCAUAGUUGUGAAACUGAAGAUUCUCAUGACAGCAUAAAGCAUGAAGAGCCAAAGAAAGUUUCUGCUGGACCUAUGCAAUCAAAAACUGGUCGAGUCCUUAAUCCUCCCUUGUACAAUUAUAGUCGCACUAUAAUUAGCUUCAAUGUUCCUCUAAUUAUUAUUAAAAUUGGCUUCUUUACUGCACAAACAGGCAGGAUGGUUUUACCUUUCACACCAUUGACGCUCGUGUUUAAAGAUGUGCAAUACUACAUAGACACCCCUGUGGAAAUGAGAGAACAAGGAUUCGCACAGAAAAGACUGCAACUUCUCUCUGAUAUCACAGGCGCAUUCAGACCUGGUGUUCUUACUGCAUUGAUGGGUGUGAGCGGAGCUGGGAAAACCACUCUUAUGGAUGUCCUUUGUGGGAGAAAAACUACCGGCUAUAUUGAAGGAGAACUAAAAGUUGGUGGUUAUCCCAAAAUUCAAGAAACAUUUGCAAGAGUCUCUGGUUACUGUGAGCAAACGGACAUACAUUCCCCACAGAUCACUGUAAAAGAGUCUGUCAUAUUUUCUGCUUGGCUUCGUUUAGAUCCUCAGAUUGACUCAAAACGUAAAACAGAAUUUGUCAAUGAAGUCCUGGAGACAAUUGAGCUUGAAGGAAUAAAAGAUUCUUUAGUGGGCGUACCUGGUGUUAGUGGUCUAUCCACAGAGCAACGGAAAAGACUCACAAUCGCUGUAGAACUUGUUGCAAAUCCUUCCAUAAUUUUUAUGGAUGAGCCUACAACAGGACUUGACGCUAGAGCCGCUGCGAUUGUCAUGCGAGCAGUGAAGAAUAUAGUUGACACAGGAAGAACAAUAGUUUGCACCAUCCACCAACCCAGCAUUGACAUAUUCGAGGCUUUUGAUGAGUUGGUUUUAUUAAAAACUGGUGGACGGCUGAUUUACUCUGGGCCCUUGGGACAUAACUCGACCAAGAUUAUAGAGUACUUUGAGAGUAUUCCAGGGGUGCCAAAGAUUAAGAGCAACUACAAUCCGGCUACAUGGAUGCUAGAGGUGACUUCUACCUCAGCUGAAGCUGAACUUGGCAUUGAUUUUGCUCUAAUAUACCGUGACUCGGCAAUAUAUGAGACUAACGAAGAGCUUGUAAAGCACUUGAGCACUCCACCUAUCGGUACUAGUGACUUGCACUUCUCCUCCCAAUUCUCACAGAACUGGUGGGGACAAUUCAAAUCUUGUCUCUGGAAGCAGUACUUGUCCUAUUGGAGAAGUCCUCUUUACAACUUGAUGCGCAUCCUCUACACAUUUGCUGCGUCUAUUCUCUUCGGGGUAUUGUUCUGGAAUGAAGGGAAGAAACUAAACAACCAGCAGAACUUAUUCAACAUAUUUGGUUCGAUGUACGUAGCUGUGAUCUUCUUGGGCAUAAACAACUGCUCAUCAGUACUACAGUAUGUUGCUAUGGAACGGACCGUCAUGUAUCGUGAGAGAUUUGCAGGGAUGUACUCUUCAUGGGCUUUUUCACUAGCACAGGUGGUUGUUGAGAUACCAUAUAUAUUGGUUCAAGUAAUUUCAUUUGUUAUCAUCACCUAUCCGAUGAUUGGUUAUUUCGGGUCAGGAGACAAGAUUUUCUGGUACUUCUAUGUCAUGUUCUGCUCAUUGCUGUCAUUCAAUUACCUCGGAAUGCUGCUCGUGUCCCUGACACCAAAUUUCAUGGUGGCUGCAAUUCUACAAUCUGCCUUCUACUCAAAUUUUAAUCUUUUUGCUGGGUUUUUGAUCCCAAAACCGAGAAUUCCAAAAUGGUGGAUCUGGUUGUAUUAUAUGUGUCCAACAUCGUGGGCGCUUAACGGUCUGCUAACUUCGCAAUAUGGAGAUAUUGAUAAGGAUAUAACGGUAUUUGGAGAAACCAAAACAGUGGCGGCCUUCUUGAAGGAUUAUUUCGGAUUUCACCACGAUCAAUUGUAUGUUGUGGCCAUCGUCCUCGCUGCCUUUCCUUUGCUGCUAGCAACUCUUUUUGCAUACUGUAUAGGGCGCUUCAACUUCCAGAGAAGGUGACAUCAUGCUUCUCUGUUAGUAUUACAGUGUAAAUUCUAGUUGUACAAUCCUCAAAACUUAGCCAAAUAAAGUGAAUAGGCUUUUGUGACAAUGGAAUGGCCUCAUUUAUUCGACCAAACAAAAAAAAUGGCCUCAUUCAAAAGUUUAGUAUUCUGGAUUUAGAAGUGUAGUUGCUUCAGUAUGGCCAAUUUGUAAAAGCUUAGACGAGGAUUCAACGUUAGACAGUA